AUGGAUGCGUCGCUAACAUCACAGCAGGUCCGUCAGAUGUUUAUAGACUUUCAUGUCAAUCAUCCGGUCUACAAACAUGACUUUGUUCGAUCCAGCUCCACAAUUCCUCUGGAUGAUCCAACGCUACUCUUUGCUAAUGCUGGCAUGAAUCAGUUCAAGUCCAUCUUCACUGGAACGGUUGAUCCAAACAGUGAUAUGGGAAGACUGAAGCGUGUUGUGAACAGCCAGAAAUGUAUCCGUGCCGGGGGCAAACACAACGAUCUCGACGACGUGGGCAAAGACUCGUACCAUCAUACCUUCUUUGAGAUGCUGGGAACGUGGUCCUUUGGAGACUACUUUAAGCUAGAGUGUUGUAAGAUGUCGUGGGAUCUGAUGACAGAAGUAUACAAGCUUCCCAUUGACCGGCUCUACGUCACGUACUUCGGUGGCGACAAAGAUGCAGGUCUGGAACCAGACUUGGAAACCAGACAGAUCUGGCUGGAUCUUGGCCUGCCAACAGAGCGAGUCAUGCCAUUCGGCAUGAAAGAUAACUUUUGGGAGAUGGGGACGACCGGACCCUGCGGACCGUGCACUGAGAUCCAUUACGAUCGAGUAGGAGGGGGCAGAGAUGCUUCAGAGUACGUCAACAUGGACGACCCCAACGUGCUGGAACUCUGGAAUUUGGUGUUCACACAGUUCAACAGGGAGCAAGAUGGAUCAUUGAGGUUGCUGCCCAAGAAGAACUGUGACACUGGCAUGGGACUGGAGCGUAUCCUCUCUGUCAUACAUGACAAGGACUCCAACUACGACACCGAUCUCUUCUCGCCUUUCUUUGAUGCUGUUCAACAGGCAACUGGAACCCGACCAUACACUGGUAAGUUGGGUGCUGAGGACACCGAUGGUGUAGACAUGGCGUAUCGAGUUGUUGCUGAUCAUAUCCGCACACUGACCAUUGCUCUCUCUGAUGGAGGUCGACCUGAUAAUGUUGGAAGAGGCUAUGUCCUGAGACGCAUUCUCCGCAGGGGUAUUCGCUUCGCAGCGGAGAAGCUCAAAGCCAAGCCAGGAUUCUUUGCCAGCCUUGUCAAUGUGGUCGUUGACAUUUUGGGAGAUGCCUUCCCAGAGACCACCAAAGAUCCCCAACUCGUCAUGGAUAUCAUCAACGAAGAGGAAGCGCAGUUUCUCCAGACGCUCUCCAGAGGGCGCCGUGUGCUUGAGCGAACCAUCAACAAGCUGGGACCAGAUGUUAAAGUGCUGCCAGGGCAUUGUGCAUGGCGUCUGUACGACACCUAUGGUUUCCCAGUUGAUUUGACUUCACUAAUGAUGGAAGAGAAGGGAAUGACAAUAGACAUGGCUGGGUACGAGGAACAAAAGAAGGGUGCUCAGAUCUUGUCUCAAGGUAAAGGGUCCGGAGUUGACAACACCAUCAGUCUUGAUGUCCACGCCAUUAACGAGCUACAAGAGAAGAAAAAAGUACCUCCAACUAACGACAAAGUCAAGUACAACUACACAAGUGACGCUAAGGGAAACUACCAGUUUGAGUCUUGUGUCGGUACCGUCAUCGCGCUGCGUAAGGACCGUCAGUUUGUUGAGGAAGUCCGUGGUGGCGAGGAGUGCGGUAUUCUACUGGACCAGACGUGUUUCUACGCAGAGUCUGGAGGGCAGAUAUACGACGAGGGCUUUAUGGAAAAAGAAGACAAUGCUGAUAUUGAGUUCAGGGUUACCAAUGCUCAGGUCAAAGGUGGCUAUUGCCUUCACAUCGGGAAGGUGUCUACUGUGGAUGCUGAUGGCUCUAUCAAGGUCGGGGACCGGCUGAAACUUGCAAUUGAUGAGGUACGGCGGAGGCCCGUCAUGAACAACCACACCGGAACACACGUUUUGAACUUUGCCCUGCGCCAGGUACUCGGGGAGGCUGACCAGAAAGGAUCAUUGGUGGCGCCAGACAGGCUACGUUUUGACUUCACUGCUAAGGGCGCCAUGACAUCCAAGCAAGUGAAGGAGACGGAGCGUAUCGCCAAUGAAGUCGUAGCUAAAGCUGAUAAGAUCUACACCAUGAACACUCCACUGGCACAGGCCAAGGCCAUUCAGGGUCUACGUGCCGUAUUCGACGAGGUGUAUCCUGAUCCAGUACGUGUGGUGUCCGUUGGAGUUCCAGUUGAAGACUUAGUGGCCGACCCUACUGGACCCGCUGGCUCUAAGACCUCUGUGGAGUUCUGCGGUGGCACACAUUUGCAGAACAGUGGGCACAUCGGCAGCUUUGUAAUCACCACUGAAGAGGCCAUUGCUAAAGGAAUACGACGUAUUGUUGCAAUCACGGGAGAGGAUGCUGAUAAGGCCAUCAGUCGAGGCAAAACUAUGGAGAGCUCAAUCGAGAAGCUUGCCAAGGAAAUCCAAGAUAACGGCCAGAACAACCAGAAACUUCUCACAAGAAAAGUGGUUGAGUUGGGCGAUGAUUUGAACAUCGCCAUCGUACAGCAAUGGAAGAAAGACGAGCUACGUAUCCGACUGAAAGAAUUGAAGAAGAUCAUGGAUGACAUGGAUAAAGCACGCAAAGCUGCUUUGGUUCAAACUGCAAAGGAAGCUGCCAAGCAGAUGAUUGUAGAUUCUCCCGAUGUGCUAUUCGUGGUGGCCAAGAUGGUGGCAGGUGCACCAGCGAAAGCUUUGGACGGCGCCCUCAAGGAAUUCAAGUCCGGCUUACCGAACACGCCAGCCAUCUUGUUUAGCGUUGACAACGAGAUCGGGAAGAUUCUUUGCAUGGCUCAAGUUCCCAAGGAUGUGGUCAGCAAGGGUCUGAAGGCCAACGAGUGGGUCAAGCAGGUCACCGAGGUCAUCAACGGGAAGGGAGGCGGCAAGGAGCUAUCUGCACAGGCCACCGGUGACCGCGUUGAUGGCAUCGAGGAGGCUGUACGACUGGCUAAGGAGUUCGCUCAGCUCAAGCUCGCUAGUUAAUGAGAUGUUUUAGUUUAGCUCGUCUAACGUCAAGAGUAUACUCAGUGUACAAUAAAACCAGAACAUUGUUCUUUAUCCCUGAUGCAAUUAUGACGUCUACUAAAUUGUUUGCAGUAACUACUGCAGGAUUCGAACUGGCCUCUGGUCACUGGGCAUACUCAGUGGUCUAGUUGUUAUGAUAUCCGCGGUGGACGUGGGUUUAAAUCCAACUCGAGUAAUUUGCGUGUGGAAUUCGUUCUGCAAGAUUCCAGAAUGUAUUAAGUUAACAGUGCUUAUCACUCAAGGGUGUAGGGUAAUACAACAAACUUUACGACCAAAUAACUGAAAACUUGUUUUGUGGAAAAGAGAUCAGAGUUAACAAUUCAUGAAAUUUUUUGGUGGGAUGGAAAAUUUGUUCCUUCUUUUUUGUUUGAAAUAUAUAAAUAUGCAAGGUGAACAGUAAUCUAGAAUUCGAAUUGAUGAAAUAGAGUAACCAAAUUUGAAUAUCCAAUAGACAGGAUAUUGAGGUCAGGUGGAAGAUAUUGUUGAAAUUGAAAAAUGGAAGAUUAUUUGCGAAAUGGUGAAAACCAGAAAUUCAAAAUACUUCGUCUGUUUGAAGUCGGCAAUGACCUUUGAUUAAUCCCUUUGUUGGAGAUCUAAUAGUUGAGAUGGAUCAUGAAAUGCUCCACACCACUAUUUGAUUGAAAUAUUUAUGAAAGUCUUGAUAAAGUACCUUAAAUAUUACAAUGUAUACUCAUGAAUUGAUGAAAACAUAAUAUUUCAAUGAUUUUUGUAAAACAAGCUUUUUUCUUUUAUUUCAAAUAAAACAUUUCACAAUAAUGUUUUCUAAGAUUAAUUAUUUGAUGAGAAACUAGAAUUAGCUUUUGAAAAAUGCUCACCAACCAAGAGGAUCUAUGAUAUCGAUGCAAAAAGUACUUAAUAAUCUAGGACUUUCGUGAAACUAAAUUCGCUCUCAAAUUUAAGCGAGCAACUGGGCAAGCCUAUAGUGCAGCCAAUUGCUACAACAGCCUUAAGUGAUGCCUUCCAUAUGACUUUUUAAAACUCAUUUGAAGUCUAUUUUUCUCCUUAUUUAAGUUUUGUUUUUCCUGUUCAAGUUCUAAGGCAUCAAUUGCUAGUGGUAUUUAUAACUAAUAAAUGUGUUUAAUAGGAUAUGUAAUGCACUUACAUGUAAGUGUGUGGUUGUAAUAU